AUGAUCUUUACAGUGUUCGCUCUCGCGAAGCAGGCUAUGCUCAGACGACUUGAGAAAGAUACUUCGAUUUGCAUAUUAGUUAUCUCUCCUCUUACCAGCAUAGCUGCAGACCAGAUAGCGCAGAUGGAAUCAUUUGGUUUUAAUGCUGUAGAGCUUACUGAACUAACUUUAACAGAUGUCAUACAUUCUCCACCAAACUUUAUUUACUCCAGUGCAGAACGCGCUACGGAACGAGCAUUUCUUGAGGCGCUGAAGGAUGACUGUAGUCUCCUACAUCAACGUACAGCGUCGAUCGUUGUAGAUGAAUCACACACUGUGGAAACGUGGACAGGGAAAAGGUAAAAGUACAUACUCGAGAUUUCGAGUUCGAAUAGAAUGAUAUUUAAGAAUGAUGCACAAACAAAAUAAAUGUAUAUUAAAAUAUUGAAAGUUCGAGAUUCAGUGGUCUGUCGUAUAAAUUGCAACAGUUUUAACCAGAGCUUUAACAAAACAAUAUGAUAAAAUUGUAAUUAUAAUUGGCUCUGAAUCGAUGAGUUUGAUAAUUAAAAAUUGUAAUUUGGAAAGUUACCCAGCGUGACAUACUUCAUGGGAAGAUGUUUUAAAAAUGUUUAUUUUGCAACAAAUGCCAACAAUUUAAUCAUGAUUUUUUCUGUGUUGGUGUAAUGUAUUCAGGUGAGUAUGAUGCUUGUGAUGUUAUAUCCACACCGGGCAAGCUUGAAAAAUAUGCCUGACCACGGUGGGAAUCGAACCUACGACCUUUGGAAUACUAGCCCAAUGCUCUGCCAACUGAGGUACGCGGUCGGGUUAUUUUUCAAGCUUGCCCGGUGUGGAUAUACACUCAGGGUAACAUCACAAGCAUCAUACUCACCUGAAUACAUUACACCAACACAGAAAAAAAUCAUAAUUAUUAGAUUAUAUUGAUAUUGAAGGAAGUAGAUUCUGUUCCGAAAUAUCACAUAUUCGAACCGACCAGACCGCGUAGCUCAGUUGGUACAGCAUUUGGCUAGUAUUCCAAAGGUCGUAGGUUCGAUUCCCACCGUGGUCAGGCAUAUUUUUCAAGCUUGCCCGGUGUGGAUAUACACUCAGAGUAACAUCACAAUCAUCAAUUAAAUCAUGCAUAUUAUGUGUAAAUUUUAGGAAAAAUAAAUGUAAGAAAGCAAAUAUGAACAAGGCAUUUAGAAGCGCUUUCGGAAAACUCUCACUUCUGCGUUCGAUGUGCAAAAAAGGUAAGCAAUUUUACCAAAUUAUUUUAUUCUCUUCAGCAAGUCACCUGUCCCAGAAGUUCAAAACACUGAAACAUAUUCCCAUGCAGUAUUAAAGUAAUUACUGUAUGACUAGUAGAAACAUUAAACACAUAAUUUAAUUAAGCAAAUGCUUGGGAAAUGAUGCCACAUGCUGUUUGUUAAUUUUGUGAUGAUGUGGGAUAAGAAAAAGUUUCAUCCUUUCGAUACAAGCCGACUCAAACAAUGUACCAUUUGAAUGCAGAAAAAGUUUAUUGUUUCAUGUAUACAUGGAGUCUGGUUGAUGUGAAUUAAUACACCAUUAUUUAUAUAUUUAUUUUAGAUUGUCCCUUGUUGGCUUUAACUGGAACUGGAGACAAAAGCACUCAAGAUACUAUUUGCAAUGAACUUCUGUUAAAGGAGCCAACCAAAUUAUUUGUAAGUCCAAACCGUCCAAAUCUUAGAUUUUCUGUGCAUAAAGUGAAAAAGGAUGACAUGCUUGCCCAAUUGAAUUGGUUGAUCAGCUUGAUAGAAGAAUAUGGCAUAAACACGCCUAAAACUAUCAUAUUUUGUGACACCAUGUACACUAUUGCCAGCGUUUGCCAAUUAUUUGAUGAUGCAAUUGGGGUGUAA